AUGCUGGGUCGAUCUGCGGCGGCGGGCAUCCUGUGCGCGGUGCUGGCGGUCUCCCUGGGCGGCCUCUGGUACAGGGACGGGAUCCGCAGCUCGCUGAUCGACCAAGAUCUGGGCUUCUGGACCUCCCUGGUGCCCUUCGUGGCCUCCAACGCGUCCAACUGCUCUUGCCAGGCUGAUGGUGACGCGGAGCAGGGAGUGGGGAGCUGCCGCCUGCGGGGGACGGUGAACGAUUGCUGCUGCGACUACGAGACCGUCAACAGGGUGAACCAGGAGCACCUGCACCCUGUUGUCUCGGAGCUCGUGAAGACCGCGUACUUCAGGUACUUCAAGGUCAAUUUGAAUUGUGAUUGCCCGUUAUGGCCAGACGAGGGCAUGUGCUCGAUGGAAACUUGCAGCGUGUGCGAGUGUGAGGACGGGGAAGUCCCAGAACCAUGGACUGAGGCGGAGAGGAAGCAUCCAUUGGGAUGCAACACAACUGUUAUUCAAAAUGAAUUUCAGGUGGACAAGACGGUGGAUCCCAAUGUUAAGGAGCUGCUAGUGAACCUUCCUGGCUGGAGGGGGUUCAACAACCCCUGGAUGGCAGAAGACGAGAAAGAAACUGAGUACUUCUACAUCAAUUUACUGGCCAACCCUGAGAGGUUCACAGGCUACAAGGGGGAGCACACUCAGCGUGUCUGGAAGGCUGUAUACUCCCAGAGCUGUUUUACUGGGAGCACCAAUCCCGGAGAGGAUGAAUGCACCGAGAAGCGCAUCUUCUACCGCCUCAUAUCGGGGCUGCACUCCAGCAUAACCGCCCACAUCGCCAAGGAGUACCUGAUCGACGAGGAACGCGGCAUAUGGGGCCCCAAUCUCGACCUUUUCUAUUGGGGACUCGGGCGCCCGGAGCUGAAGAGCAGGGUUGAGAAUUUGUACUUCGCGUUCCUGUUCGUGCUGAGGGCGGCAAUGAAGACGGGCCCGCUGCUGGACAGGACUGAAUACAACACUGGCCUGCCGGAGGAGGACAAAAGGGCGCAGGAGUUGAUGCACCUUCUGGCGAAUCAUCCCUCCCUUCAGCAAGCGUGCCCAGUCCCCUUCGACGAGGGUCGCCUGUGGAAGGGCGACGAGGGCCCAGAUUUGAAGGCAACUCUGAUGACGUCAUUCCGCAACAUCACACGGAUAAUGGACUGCGUGGGCUGCGAGAAGUGCAAGCUCUGGGGCAAGGUGCAGACCCUGGGUCUGGCCACGGCCCUCAAGAUCCUCUUUCACGAAUCCGACUGUGGUUCCAGUGGCAGCAACGACACGGCGCCCUUGAUCCUGGAGCGCAACGAGAUCAUCUCGUUGGUCAACCUUCUGGAAAGGCUGUCCCAGUCUGUGGAGACUUAUCGGGUGCUGAGUGCCAAGCUGGAAGAGAGGGAAAAGGGGAGUGCGCGAGUGGAUGCCGCAGCUGCAACGUGA